AUGUCUGACUCUGAGGACCCUCUCGAUGGUCUCGACGAAACCGCCGGCGAUGACCUCUUUGGCGAUGAGGGCGACGAAGAGCCGAGAGCGCCGCGGGUCCUGGACGAUGACGAACUAGCCUCAGACCCUGAUGAAGAUCCCGAUGCGAGGCGACGAGAUUAUGAUGGGGAGGAUGGUCUGCCACAUGAGACGCGAGAUCGGGUUGUCAUGGCGGUACAGACGUAUCGCCAUCAGAUCCCAAACCCCAAAGACGGAAUUCUUCGUGUUAUGAGAGUCCCUAAAUUCAUCAAAUUCAUGCCCGAGGAAUACGUUGCGGAGACCUUCGAGCCAAGCGAUUUUGAUCUUGCCAAUGCGAAAUCCGACAGACCGAAACACGUCGCUCGUAUACGAAAAGAUGCAAGCACUGGAGAUCUACAGAGCAACACCAAUAUUUACCGGUGGAGUGAUGGCUCAGUGACCAUCUCUGUCGGUGGCGAGCAUUACGAAAUACAAAAGAAGGCACUCGCGCCGGGAAUGGACCAACCAUACAACGAGCUUAACGAUGGGCACAACUACGCGGCGGCGGCAGAACUCGGCAGCAAUCUACUACUGACUGUUGGUCACUUGACGGAGCAGUUCAACGUGCGGCCCAAUAAGGCAGUGGGAGAUGACGCGCUGUCGGUAUUGGCAGAGCGGAUGGCACAAGCCAGCAAGUCGGUGAACGACGGUGACAUGAUUAUCCGUACCACCAGAGACCCUGAAUUGCAGAAGAAACAGGCCGAAAUGGCAGAAAAGGAGAGGAUGAAGGCUCAGCGUCGACGCGAAAACGCUGCGUUGAAGAUGGAUGGUGGACUCGGACGGUCUGGUCGCGGGGGUCUAUCGAUUGGAGACCUCGAAGGUGGACGUGGCUUUGGAUCUGGACGCAAGCGAGGCAUGCCAGGAUCUACGAAACCGAAGAAGCGCCGGCCAGAGUAUGACUCUGACGACGAUCUCCCACAGGGUGUUGGACGCCGUGAGGACUACGAUUUGGAUGACGGUUUUCUGGUGGGAAGUGAUGAGGAAGAAAUGGACAGUGCAGCAGAAGAAGAUGAUGAGGAUAUAUUGGAUGAUGACGAGGAGGAACGACGACCUCGCAACAAGCGACAGAGGACAGCGGAUCCAGAUGAUGAUGAGGAUGCUGAAGGAGAUGAGGUCGAACCUGGCGAGCCCUCUGCAAGAGCUAGGCGGCGAAACAUCAUAGACGAGGAUGAGGAUGAGUAA